UACAAGAGAUAGCCUAGUUAUAUACUCUAUUCUCACAUCUUCUCUUGCUCACAAUGUCAUUUCACCAUGGAAAUAUCAACAAUGUCACAAGCCAUGCAACUCCAUGCCCAUUUACUCAAAUCGGGUCGACCCGAAUCCAACCAAACCCAAACCCAAAAUCUCAGCAAACUCUUCACUUUCACAGCUCUUUCACCUUCAGGUAACCUCACAUAUGCUCACAAUAUCCUAACAACACUUAAAACCCCAAAUUCAUAUUACUACAACACCCUAAUCCGUGCAUAUUCGGAUUCGCCCGACCCGACCCGAUCCAUAACACUCUUCCUCACCAUGCAUUGUAAAGAUGACCCGGUUGUGCCCCGACCCGACAAGUUUACUUACCCGUUUGUACUCAAAGGUUGUUGUAAAUUAAGGGAUGUAAAGUUAGGUAAAAUGAUGCAUGGGUUGAUUUUGAAGUCGGGUUUUAUAUCGGAUCGUUAUGUGAACAAUGCACUUAUUCAUAUGUAUUCGGGUUGUGGUGAUUCGGGUCAUGCUUAUAAGGUGUUUGAUGAAAUGCCUGAGAGAGAUGUUGUUUCUUGGACUUCGGUUAUUGAUGGUUUUGUCGAUAAUAAUCGACCCAUUGAAGCUAUUAAGUUGUUUGAGGUUAUGAUGGAGAGUGGGGUUGACCCGAAUGAAGCGACUCUUGUUUCGGUUUUACGUGGUUGUGCUGAUACCGGAGCGUUGAGUAUCGGGAAAAAUGUUGAUGAAUUUGUUAAGGAGAGGAAACUUAGUAUGAAGGCGAAUGUGGGGACUGCGCUUAUUGACAUGUACACGAAAUGUGGGUGCAUAGAUAAUGCGCGACGAGUGUUUAAUGAGACGAUGGAUAAGGAUGUUUAUGCUUGGACCGCGAUGAUAUCAGGUCUUGCAAGUCACGGGUUAUCAGAAGAAGCUAUGGAACAUUUUGAGGAGAUGAAGAGUUGUGGUGUAAAGCCCGAUGAAAGAACGAUGACUGCUGUUUUGUCGGCUUGUAGGAAUGCUGGUUGGAUUGGUAAAGGGUUGUAUCAUUUAAGGAGUACUAUGAAGAAGUAUAAGUUAAGACCGACGAUUCAGCAUUAUGGAUGUAUAGUAGACAUGUUUGUGCGUGCUGGCCAGUUAGAGGAGGCCGAGCUGUUUAUUAAGAAGAUGCCUAUUGAUCCGGAUGUUGUGUUAUGGAGAACGUUGUUAUGGGGUUGUAAAAUUCACGGAGAUGUUGAAAGGAGCGAACGUUUAGUGAAGGACGUUGAGCUUUUGAAAAUGGACACUCGUGAUUGUGGGAGUUAUGUACUUCUUGGGAAUGUCUAUGCAGCCAACGGGAAUUGGAAGGAGAAAGCGAAGAUGAGAGAGUUGAUGAAUCAAAGAGGGUUAGUGAAGACACCGGGGACUAGCAGAAUUGAGAUUGAUGGGCUGAUCCAUGAAUUUACAGCUGGAGACUCGAGACAUGUUGAAGCAGAUAAUAUAUACGCGAAAUUGGAUGAAUUAGAACAGAAUGUUAGAAGAGAAGGUUACGAUCCCAAAGUUUCGGAGGUGUUACUUGAAAUAGAUAAUGACGAGAAAGCAUCGCAGCUUCUCCACCACAGUGAGAAACUCGCAUUGUCGUUUGGACUUAUCAAAACUAAUCCGGGAACUGUGAUUAGGAUAGUGAAGAACUUAAGGUCUUGUGAGGACUGUCAUUCUUUCAUGAAACUAGUCUCGAAGUUAUACCAAAGAGAGAUCAUCAUUAGGGACCGUAUCCGUUACCAUUACUUCAAAGGUGGUGAAUGUUCUUGUGGAGAUAGAUGGUGAUCGUAGUAGUCGUUACUGAGAAAAUGUACCAACUGUUGGAUUUUCGCAGUUUUGAAGGACUUUGGAUGUUGAUUUGCAUCUACAUUUUGGCAUCGAUGAUCUCAGUUUUGAUCUCUCAACCCGUUAUUUCACAAGUCCGACCAAUGUAGGACGACUAUUAGUGACUAUAGAGCGGCCAACAUAGUUACAAAAGAAAAAGAGGCACAAGAAAAAUCUGAUUGCAAUGUUUAAGAUUUUGUAACACACCUAUCGUUUUUACUUUCUAAAGUUGUAUGAAGAUGUUUAUACUAUUUGUUUGUCUCCCUAUUUAACUUUGCAUUGUCAUUACACGAAACUUAACUACAUUUUGGCAUCAA